CGUAUUUCUACACCUACCAUUUCAGACUCAGCACGAGCAGAUUCAUCUUCAAGUCUAGUAGUAAAAAUUGUUCCUGAUCGUCCCUGACUACCAUGGAUUCAUUCAAUAUUUUCACAGAGUUUGAAAUGAUGGACAUAUACCUGGAGCAGGAGCAGCUGCUGAUGCUGAUUCUGAAGCAGGAGCUGGAGCUGAUGCAGGAGCUGAAGCUUAAGAUGGAGAAAUAUGAUCCCUGGAAUGUUCAUGGAUUUUUCACAGAGUUUGAAAUGAUGGACAUAUACCUGGAGCAGGAGCAGCUGCUGAUGCUGAUUCUGAAGCAGGAGCUGGAGCUGAUGCAGGAGCUGAAGCUUAAGAUGGAGAAAUAUGAUCCCUGGAAUGUUCAUGGAUGGUUUAUAAGGAUGGACAUAUACCGCGAGCAGGGGCAGCAGCGGAUGCUUAUUCUGAAGCUGGAGCAGGAGCUGGAGCAGAAGCUGAAUCUUAAGAUGGAGAAAUAUGUUCGCUGGAAUGUUCAUGGAUCUUUGAAAAGCCGUAGAAUGAUGGACAUAUACCUGGAGCAGGAGCAGCAGCUGAUGCUGAUUCUGAAGCAGAAGCUGGAGCUGAUGCAGGAGCAGAAGCUGGAGCUGAUGCAGGAGCAGAAGCUUAAGAUGGAGAAAUAUGAUCCCUGGAAUGUUCAUGGAUCUUUGAAAAGCCCUAGAAUGAUGGACAUAUACCUGGAGCAGGAGCAGCAGCUGAUGCUGAUUCUGAAGCUGGAGCUGAAGCUGAUGCAGGAGCUGGAGCAGAAGCUGAAGCUGAAGCUGAAGCUGAAGCUGAAGCUGAAGCUUAAGAUGGAUAAACAUGAUCGCUGGAAUGUUCAUGAAUGGUUUAUAAGGAUGGACAUAUACCGCAAACAGGGGAAGCAGCAGAUACUUAUUGUGAACCAGGAGCAGCAGCUGGAGCUGUUCUCAAGCUUCUGCUUAAGAUCAGCAGGAGCUGGAGCAGGAGCUGGAGCUGAUUUUAAGAAGGAGCAGAAGCUUAAGAUGGAGAAAUAUGAUCCCUGGAAUGUUCAUGGAUACUCAGUGACCCACGCCAUCCUGUGGAGACAUGCUGCUAAUGAAGAGAUCGAGAAGCUGCUGGAAGCCACUAGUGUUGUUGAUAAAUCAUCCUGGGGCAUGCUAAAAGAUAAUCAAGCUGGACCUGGUCCUGAAGGAGAGAUCAACAAGAUGGAGGAAGGUCUUCCAGCUCCAGGAUGGAUCCCGGAUGGUUCAGUGCUGCAGUGUCUUCCUGUCUGUCUCCUGCUGUGUGCUCUCCUCUCCAGAGGGGGCGUGUCCACUGAGGCAGGGCACGGCCCCAUGCAGGGGUGUGUCUGUCUGACAGCCUGAGACAGAUCAGCACCACCAACACCAGGCAGUACUCCUACUCAGUAUUUACACCUGUUCUCUCAUGGGGGCAACACACCAAAACACACUAAACAUGUUUUCAUUUACAAUCUGGGUUCCUUGAUCUGAGUUCUCUGAGAAGAUUUCCCAUUUGAGAUGACAGGUGUGAAUAUUUAGUAUGUGACUUUGAUGGUUAGACUCCAUCCUGGCCUAGUUCUGACCUUAAAUCAUGACACAUUACAACACAUAAUGAAAUGUCAUGAAUCAUUGUACGGUACUUUUUUUUUUUUUUACAGAUAUAAUCUUUUAAUUGAUAUUUACACAACGCUGUAGUUGUUGAUUUACAUGUCUAUUAAUUUCUGUGAUCAUUAUGAGAAAUAAUUAUACAAGUCUAUAGCAUGUGGUUGAUUAAUUUUGUGAUAUAGCUAACAUUAUUUCUUUUUCCCGUCAGGUCAGUCUUAGAUUGCUACUGGUGAUUCUGUAACCCGGUACGACCUGUGCAGUGCUUUUAACAAACUUUCUAGAGAGUUCAUAACAGAGAGCAGUCUACAUUUCCCUCUGGUGGUGUCAGGUCCAGAGAGCCAGCUACUGGUUUAUGCAGCCCAGCCUGUUACGGCGCUAGCCGUGCAGCGUGUGUGUGUGCUGGCCUGCUGCAGCCUGCAGGAUAGAAAAACAGUGACGUCAGCAGUUUAUAUCCUCUCAAAGGAUCUGUAGUUGUUGCCAUUUAACUCCUUCAAGUUUUAUUUUAGAUUGUUUCUGGGCUUCUUUGUUGUAUCCUUGAGUUUAGGAGGUGCCUUUUAAAUGACAUUUUCAAUCCUUAUUAUUAUUCUUACAACUUUGAAUUGCGCUAUGGGGGCCACUUAUAUGAAAGCUGGGGAGGUGGUCAGAGAGAUGCAGAGCAGUCUCUCCUUGCUUCCCGAGCAGAAGGCAGAAGACCGGUCAUUGAGAAAACAUAAGAGAAGCCUGGAACUGCCUGUCAUAACAGGAGAGAACCUGGUAGAGUUACACGAUGAUGUUCCUGUCAGAUCAGACUGCUCUCCUCCACCUUACCAUCCUGUCAUGGGGGCAAGAAGACUAAAACGUAGUCAAAGCAUGGAAUUUCCACCAAAUUUUUAAGUUCCCAACAUGUUUAUUGAUCAAUUGAUAUUGCUGGUAGGUAUUUAAAUCAUGGAUGCAAUUUAUGUAUUUUUCUCAACAGUCACAUUUCAAUUGCAACUAAUAGGGGAACCUUGAUGUAACGGGAAGAUGUAAAGAUAAUGUAACUGCAGACCUGGUGUUAUUCUUUACUAUCAGAUUCAGGAAGACCGAGACCCCACUAUUCAAGAUGAAUCAGCCUAUCAUUGAUGCACUGUAAAUACUGUAUCUUUUGUACUUUUAUUUUCUGAAUAAACAACUUUCAACUUAA